AUGAAAGAGAACAGAAGGAGAGUUCUCGUCGCCUUCAACAACCAGGAGGGCUCGGGAGACGACGAAGCGAAGGAAGCCCUGAGCUUCAAGAAGAAUAAGGCUCGCUUUGCCAAGCUCCUCAUCGAUUCGCUUCACAGCGAAGCUUGGAAGGCAUGCCAGGACUGCUUGAAUGACAGCACCAAGCUCAAGGCCGAAGACGGGUGCAAGCAUGUGUUUGCGGUCCUGCAGUCCAUCGAGAAGGUUGGCAUGAUAAAGAAGACCGAGGCAGGCCAGUCGAUGGACAGCUUUUUGCGCAUGCGGCGCAAGAGCUGGUCGGACUUGGUGGACAUGGCCGAUGGAGUGACAAUGUGCGAAGAUUUGUUGGCUUACUUUCUCCUUCGCAAUGCCGGCCUUUCCAGACACGAUCGCCGCCAAUGUCUCGUUUCGAACCAAAGUCACUACUCCCUGGAGGGCAUCGAGAAGUCGCUUCGCAUUUCCUACUUCGAAGCUCAUGAGAAGGAGAAGGCCCCUGGCUGGCCCGGCGGUACGGGCAAGAAGGGCGGCAAGGGAGCAGGUCGAUUGUGGUUUUGGCGGCAAGCGCAGCUACGCCCACGAGGACCACGAGGAGGACGAGGAUUACGAUGA